CUCACCGACCUUUCAAUCCCUUCAUAUUCCUUAUUUCCCCGUUUCUCUCUCAUCCCCUCUAAUAAACCCAACCUCUUCAAUCAAAUCUUAUCGUUCUUAUCAUUACGCUCUCUGAAUCUCUGAGGAUUUUUUUUGUUGUUGUUGAGGAUCCGAUCGGGAGAUAUGGCGCAGAGGACUGAGAAGGAGGAGACGGAGUUCAAAGUACCGGAGACGAUCACGCUCUGCGUCAACAACUGCGGUCUGACUGGGAAUCCGGCGACGAAUAAUAUGUGUCAGAAGUGCUUUAAUGCUGCUACGGCGGCGUCGGCGACGGCGUCCAUGGCUAUGAAGUUUUCCGGUGAGAAAAGUCCGAGAUCUACGACGUCUCGCUCGCCGGAGAAAUUUCGGUUCAUUGCUGAGUCGAAGAGGAUUACGACGGCGGCUGAUCGUCCGAAGCCUGACGAAUCGGCCAAGCGAGUGGUGAAUCGGUGCUCCGGAUGUAGAAAACGCGUCGGAUUAACCGGAUUUAGGUGCCGAUGCGGAGAUUUGUUCUGUGCGGAGCACCGUUAUUCAGAUCGCCACGAUUGUAGCUUCGAUUACAAGUCCGCUGGUCGUGAGGCGAUCGCGAGGGAGAAUCCAGUGGUGAAAGCGGCGAAGAUCGUGAGAGUUUAAUCCGUAGAUUGAUUUGUUUAAAAAAAAAAAACGAAAGAAGAAUCGAAAGAUAAUGAAAUUUGUGAAAUCUCUGGGCUCUUUGUUUAAAUUUCCCUUUGGAGUUUAUCGAGGAUCAAAUCCUCAGAAUAUCCUCUCGAUCUUUACGAGAGAGAAGCAUGAGAGAUCGAGAAAAAUCCUUGAUGAAGAAGAUGAUGAUCGUUGUGUUUUCUCAGAUAAUUAUGUUCCUAUUUCAUUUUUUCUUUUUUUUUUUUUGGUUUGUUCGAAGAAAAAAAAAAGAGAAGAUUAUCGUGGC